GUCUCGGUGUCCUGCUUAUUGCCUUUGAGUUAAUAAGGAUGAGUGGGGAAACCUGGCUGCUUGUGGGCGUGGUGAUACUGCUCGCAUGGGCGUACUCAAGGUGGAAGCACAGCUAUUGGUCGUCCAGGGGCGUGGCCACUCCGCCCUUCCUCCCAUUCCUCGGCCAUCUGCACAAGACAGCAAUGUUGAGAAAGAGAUACGCAUUUGAUAUGGACGCUUACUACAACUAUGGAGGAUCAAAGUUCUGUGGCCUCUAUUCGUUCCACAAGCCAUGCUUACUAGUGGGUGAUCCUGAACUCGUGAAGCAAAUGUUUGUCAAGGACUUUGACUGCUUUUCGGGCAAAAAACCAUUGAAACUAACCAAGCAGGACAAAGUGAUCUCAGACAUGUUGGUUCUGAAGACGGGAGAGGAGUGGAAGAAGCUGAGAUCCAUCAUGUCUCCUACUUUCUCUUCGGGCAAGAUGAAGGGGAUGUUUCCACUGGUGAGCCAAAAGGCCGACGAUCUCGUCUCCUUCUGUCUCAAGGAAGCACGCACGAAGCCUGCCAUUGACAUGAAGCACAACUUCAGUCGCUUCACCCUAGACACGAUCGCUUCCUGUGCUUUUGGGUUAGAGUGCAAUUCACUUGGAGAUGAAACGUCUGACUUUUCCGAGAAGGUUGAUAAGUUCUUUAAAUACUCGACAGCCUCGAUCCUCAAAAAGGUGUUCGUUUCCAUCGCCCCGCGAAUCGCCGACGCUCUCAACAUACAGUUUUCUUCGCCGACAACCGGCUUCUUUAAGGAAUUAGCCCUAAGGACCAUAGCUGCCAGAAGGGAAGGGAGCAAGAGAGGAGACUUUCUGGACCUCCUCUUAGAGACCCAGAGCCAGGGCGAGGAUGCCGUAGGCUCUAGCAAGCGAGCGUCAAAGUCCAAGAACGUACUGGACGACGAGACCAUCGUGUCCCAGUGUGUGUUGUUCAUCCUAGCUGGCUACGGCACCACGGCUUCUGCACUGUCCUAUGCGGCCUUCCUUUUGGCCAAGCACCCUGAUGCCCAGCAGCGCCUUCGCCGGGAGCUCAACGCACUGAUCGAGGAACAUGGUGACGUAACUUACCAGGGAAUCAUGGAAGCAAAGUUCCUUGAUGCUUGUAUCAUGGAAACACUUCGCCUUUACCCAAUAUCCGUCUAUUUAGAGCGCAUGUGUGAAAGGAAUCCUGGUACUGGUAUUACUAUUCCACCUGGCACUGUAGUGUCAUGCCCGGUCUGGACUAUGCACCGGGACCCGAAGUACUGGCCUGAGCCCGAGGAGUUUCGCCCCGAGCGCUUCCUGCCGGAAAACGCGGCGAACAUACCCAACUUCACGCACAUGCCCUUCGGAAUCGGACCCAGGAACUGUAUAGCUCAGAGAUUUGCCCUCAUGGAGACCAAAAUUGUCUUGACCAAGUUGCUGUUGGCAUCGGACCUCAGGCCGGCCCCGGGCUAUGAAAACGUGACGGUCUCGUUCGGCUUCGGUUCACAGUCUCCAAACGCCGUGAGGCUCAUCCUGAAACCGCUGAAGGACGAGUGAGAGGACGAAGAAUAAUCCUAUAAGGCAGGGCCAGGCUAUAGGAGGCGAAAAAUAUGAUUCAAUAAAAUGAAGGUCUUGGCGAUGAAUUCCAGAAAGUGUAUUUCUUCGACUGACUGUAGGGUAAUUUAGGGGACAUAUGGGAUUACGAUGGAGUACUCAAAUUGGUGGUGUGAUUUUCAUGAUUGCAUGUAAAAUAUUUAUCCGGACCUUUGCAUAUAUUGGAACUUGUCUAACUGGAUCAUUGCUCAUAUUAGGCGAGUAGCCUUGCUAUAGGGAUCUUCACAGAGGACGUCAAUUCUUUGACUUUUUUAACCCUGAAAACUAUACGCUUCGAAUCCAUUGGUUGUAAAAUCACACUGAAUUCUUUUAUUUCUGUCUCUGCGAUCAUUUCAUAUCUCUCGUCUUUAACUGUUGCAAUAUUUUCUAUAACGAAUGGCAAAACACUCGACCGUGCUGUGUUUAGGCAGUGAAAACCCACAUUAAACAAAAGUGUCUUCUCUGCAUUUUUU